ACGGAACACAGUACCAGGCCAGGUGCCGCGCGGGCUCGACUGGCCACUGCGGAGGGGCGUGCGGGGGCGGGAGACGCAUGACAGGUCUGGGGUGCGCCAGCAGUGCCGGGCACGCGAGGCGAGGCGGCUCUUCGCUCGCCCGCGGCCCGCCCGCGCUCGAAGCUCCAGUCUAGGCCUUGGCUGCACUUGCCCCAGUUCACUGCCCCCUGCACCUCGGUGGCCCAAAGUCCCAGCGCGGACACAUUGGCCCUGCCCACUUUCCGGAGCAUGCAGGCAGGAGAAAGGGCUCCUACACCACGUUCCAGCAGCUCGCAACCCCCCACCCCCACCCCCCGCCAUGCGUCCAGGGCCUGGGCUCCAUCAGCCCAACCAGUCCCUGCAGACAUCACGUUUCGCUCGGCUCGAGCGAGAGGAGGAAGCAAUGGUGUUCCCGAGCCGCCGAAGGCCGGCAGGCCGCCGCCUUCGGUCGUCUCCGGGACUCCAGCCGCUUGCACGCACUCACCGAUUUUAAAAACAAACAGGCGCCGUCGCCUCCCUGCGGCGUUCGCGGGGCUUCCGCCAGCCUGCGCCUCCCUAAGCUGGGAAGUUUGCUGGCAGGGCCCUGGCGGGACGUGCAGGCUGUCACCCCCGCUCGCUGACGGCGCAGAAACCUCGGUGCACCCCGCGCCCGUGCUGUCCGACUCUCGAGCGCUCUCCCUCCCUUCGAGUCACCCCCAGUCCUGCGAUGCAGUGUCAGGAUUGCACGGCUCUGACUCAUCGGUUGAGCUCACAGCUUGGAAAAAAAAAAGAGGGCGAGAGGCAACAACGAAGGAGGACGACUCUGGCGUGCUACAAAGGAUUGCACAACUCAAGGCUGGGUGCACAGAGUGCCCAGCAGCCAGCAGGCGCGCGCAGCACCGCGAGGAGCAGGAACCAGCUCUACCACUUCAUCAGCACCACUGUCUCGGGGCGGCCUCUCAGCCAGCAGGCCCAGCGCCGCCCACUUCCUGCGACCAAAUAAGGCCGAGGAAGGCGUCUUUAAACCUCCGGGGGCGGCCGGGGCUGGGGAUUUCCAGCGGACCUCACCUCUACUCCGGAGUAGGGUGCCACCCUCCCCCAGCCCAGGCGGGCGCCCCCUUGGCUUUGCUGGAACCAACAAGCCAUGUGGCUCGUUCCUUGCACACCAAGGAAAGCAUGGAGUACAGAGCGCCAGUUCCCAGAAGCUGUCUGCUAAGAAAGAAAGACUCCAGGAGGAAAAGCUCUCUGGCAGGACCCCAUCCUCUGGGUCCCAGUGAGGGUACAGUAUGGCAUUUCAAAGGCUUCCUGACAAACAACUCAGCUCUCUGAAUUCUACUCAGAGUGGCCCGUCACCAGUGUUCAAAAUCUUCUAAGUAUGUGAGUUAUAUCUCAAAGCUGGUAUGAAGAAGAAAAAUAAAAGCGUCUAAAGAAGCCAGGGUCUCGCCACCCAGCCACCUGCCCUGA